GUGGGGGUAAAGCUAGGUGGGUUAGGUGUUAGGUGACUCCUUUGAGAGACGCCAUUUUGUGAAGUUCGUCGGAUUCUACGUGUGGUGGCCGAUCGUGUUGUUCCAGCAGAUUCUGCUGAUCUAAUAGCGACUUCUUUCAAAGGUAGAAAAUGUCGCGCUAUCGUGAAUGGGAUCUGUCCUGCAAGGUUUAUGUUGGUAAUCUGGGCAGUAGUGCUAGCAAACAUGAAAUAGAGGGUAAGUUCAGUAAGUAUGGUCCACUGAGAAACGUGUGGGUAGCCAGAAAUCCACCUGGUUUCGCAUUUGUGGAAUUUGAGGAUCCACGAGAUGCCGAAGAUGCAGUGAGAGGAUUAGAUGGAAUACACUUGUGUGGUACCAGAGUGCGAGUAGAAAUGUCAUCUGGGAGAAGUCGGCGAGGCGGUGGUGGACGCAGACCCGGUCCUAGAUAUUCGAGAUUCUACCAGCGUCAGCUCCUAGCUCUGCUCGUCUCCCCGCCACUACUACUGCUACUUCUACUACUACUACUACUACUACAGCCACCGUGAAAAAGCGUACUCGUACGCGAAAAAAAAAUGCAAAAUUGUCAAUCUCGCAAUCGUCGCCAAUCGAACAAAACUGAACAAAAAUAUAUAUAUGCCUGCCUGCCCACUAACUUCCCAAUCAACCAAGUCACCAUCAGUCACCACCAAGUCACCGAGUAUAUAGGAAGCCGUCCGUACGUCUGUCACGUCACGUCACGUCACGUCACG